AUCCUAUGUGUGACACAAGAUAGUUUUGAGAAUAUUUGUAUUUGAAAUCUCUCUCUUCUCUCUUGUUUUGUCUCUCACUCAAUCUCUUAUUCUUUCCCAAUCUAUGAAGCUUUCUCAAUGUCCAACAAAUGAAAGAUAGAUAAGCACUAGUCCUUCUGCAGUUUCCCAGUUUUGUUCAAAGCUCUCUGUAAUUCCAAUGGUUUCACAACCAAUGGAAUCUGAUGAAAAUAAGAGUUCUGCUGCAGAUUUUGCACAUUCAAUUCAGUUUCUAAUACGAUACAAUCUGAUGAAGGGUUGGAAGAAAAUGGAAAACCGUGAGAAGGACCGAGAAAAAACAGAGGAUUCGUCUCACAAAACCGAGACAAUUUCAGAAAAGGAAAGCUAUGAGAAAGACCAGGAGAAAACGGAGAAUUCAUCUCACAAAACCAAAACAAAUUCAGAAAUGGAGAACCAUGCAAAGGACCAAGAAGAAACACAGGAUUCAUCUCCCAAAACUUACAAGAAUACAGACCAGAGCUCCCCUCGAGGGGUCCUUGAAAUCCCAGUUUUAGGCCUUGAUUCUGAUAGCAAUAGUAGCAGUAGCAGCAACAGAGAUACAGAAACUUCAAUCGCCAUUAAAACUCCAACUUCAGAGCACCAUGGAUUACAGUGGAGGUCUCUGGUUAAUGCUUUAAAGCAUAAAUCGAUGAGAAAGUUCUCUACCUUUCCACCAUUCGGAGGAAAGAGGAAUUGGGUUCGAAUCAGAGACACAGAGGAGAAAGAAGAGCUCCCUGUUUUGAGGCCUCAGGCUUCAUGGAGAUGCUUUGAUCAUGAAGAACUCAUGUCUGCUACUAACAAUUUCAGUUCAGAGAAUUUGAUAGGAAAGGGGGGGCAUGCAGAAGUUUACAAAGGAAUCUUAGUAGAUGGACAACUUGUAGCUGUUAAGAGGUUAAUAAAGAGGGAGAGAGAGGAUGAGAGGAUUGGAGAUUUCUUAUCGGAGUUGGGGAUCAUUGCACACAUAAACCAUCCAAAUGCGGCGCAUUUGAUAGGGUUUGGUGUCGAAGGAGGGCUUCACCUUGUUCUACAGUUCUCCCCUCAUGGCAGCUUAUCGUCUGUGCUUCACGAAGAGAAUAUUAAAAUUUCAGGUACUAAUCAAGAGCUAGAAUGGGGGAUAAGGUACAAGAUAGCCUUGGGGAUAGCAGAGGGGUUGAUGUACCUUCAUGAAGGCUGCCAUAGAAGGAUCAUUCACAGGGAUAUUAAGGCAUCUAAUAUCUUGCUUGCUCAAGAUUUUCAACCACAGAUUUCAGAUUUUGGGUUGGCAAAGUGGCUGCCUGAUCAGUGGACCCACCAUGUAGUUUCUCCCAUCGAAGGCACAUUCGGGUACCUUGCACCUGAAUACUUCAUGCAUGGCAUCGUUGACGAGAAAACAGAUGUGUUUGCAUUUGGUGUUCUUCUACUCGAGCUCAUCACUGGGCGACGGGCCGUCGAUUCUUGUCUGCAGAGCCUCGUGAUGUGGGCAAAGCCAUUGCUAGAUGCAAAGAAAAUGAAGGAAUUGGCGGAUCCCAGACUUGGGGAUACCUACAACACUCGGCAAAUGGGAUACAUAAUGUUUACUGCCUCGUUGUGUGUCCACCAUUUAGCAAUAUCACGACCACGCAUGAAUCAGGUGGUGAGGCUCCUAAAGGGUAAGGAUCUGAUGGCCGAGACAUUUGUUCAACAACCAAAGACAUUGGUUGGGAGCCAACUCUUUCUUGACGGAGAUGACUAUACGUCAUCACGGUACUUGAGCGACCUCAAUCGCUACAAGCAACUUGCUCUUGAAACCUAAAUGCAUAUAGAGUUUCUCUCUUUCAAAUUUAUGUGAAAAGAUAGUCUUUUUGAGAAUCUUUUCUGAAUUCUGUUAACGUUUUCUGACGUGAGAAGGAAGUCACCUUGUGACAAUGAGUUGUAUAUCUGAGAUUUUCCUGCAAUUGCAAAUUGAUGUAAGAAGCAAGUCAUCUUGUGACAAUCCCUUGUUGAAUUGUAUGUAUUAAGGUUUUCUUACAAUUGCAAAUUGAUGCAAGAAGUCAUAUUGUGUGCC